AUGCAAAAUAAACUUCUCAUUAAUAAAAUCAAUCAAAAUAAAGUAGCAGCGUGUAAUAAAAAUAGUAUAUACCUUUCAACUGAACAGUUAAAGAGCCUAUCCCGGUCUUCUGAUCUCAACGAAUCUGAUGAACAUUUGUUUCUUGACUCGUUCAAAGAACUCGAAAAAUCAAAUGCCGGUGGAGUGCUGAUUGCAAUCUACAAGGGAGAUGUGGUCACUGUGAACUAUUCUGCUAAGAAGCAAGUCAUACUGACCAGGAAGGAGCUCGUGGAGCUUGUGAAAAUGAAGGAACUGCAACACGAUAACAUAGUGUACUUCCUUGGAGCCUGUGCUGAACCAGACAGAAUAUGCUACCUCACCCAAUACUGUGCUAGGGGCAGUCUACAGGACUUGUUGGCCGAUCUCCAGAUCGCAGUUGACUGGACCUUCAAGCUGUCUUUCAUCACUGAUCUAACUAAAGGGAUGAAUUACUUGCACAAAUCAUUUGUGGAACAACACGGCACGCUGAACAGUAGUGUCUGUAUGGUUGAUAACAGAUGGGUCCUUAAAGUUGCAGGCUUUGGUCUAUCGGCAUUUAAAUCAGACGUGAAGGAAGAUGAACCAGGUGAGAGCUACUACAAGAAACUUCUGUGGACCGCUCCUGAGCACCUCCUGUCGUCAAAUUUAAGUCAGUGUAACACUCAGAAAGGCGACGUCUACAGCUUUGCAAUAAUUAUGUACGAGAUACUUUAUAGAUGCUAUCCAUACUAUGAUACCAACCUAGAGUACAAAGGUGUUUAUAUAAUAACGCGCAUAUACAACUGCCAAAAUGAAUCAUUUCGACCUCGACUACAUCCUUUGGAUGAUUCCGAGGUCAAUUCUUCAAUUUUGAACUUGAUGACGGAAUGUUGGGCCGAAGACCCAGGUGAUCGUCCGACCUUUUAUACUAUAGAAAAAACAAUGAAGAAAUUCUACACCGGAAAAACUGACAGCAUCGUGGACAGCAUGUUGAAAAAAUUGGAGAAGUACGCAAGCAACCUUGAACUUGUUGUCGAACAGAGGAACGCAGAACUGAUUGAAGAAAAGAAGAAAACUGACGUACUACUCAAUAGCAUGCUGCCACCUUUCAUAGCCGACGAGUUGAAAGCAGGUCACAAAGUGGAGCCCCAGAUGUACCACAGCGUAACUGUCUACUUUUCAGACAUUGUUGGAUUCACGACACUUUCCUCUGACAGCACUCCCAUACAAAUUGUUGAUCUGCUUAAUGAUCUCUAUGGAGUUUUUGAUGACACCAUCUCCAGGCAUAAAGUUUAUAAGGUUGUUGAGACAAUCGGAGACUCGUACAUGGUUGUAAGCGGUCUGCCUCAGGUAACAGAGCGCCAUGUCGUGGAAAUAUGCAACAUGGCAUUGGAUCUGCUGGGCAUCGUCAAGACCUUCAAGAUCAGACAUCGGCCUGAGAUGACACUCAUGUUGAGGAUUGGCAUUCAUUCGGGACCUUGUGCUGCUGGAGUGGUUGGUCACACCAUGCCUCGCUACUGUCUGUUUGGAGAUACGGUAAAUACUGCAUCGAGGAUGGAGUCAACUGGAGAAGCUCUUAAAAUCCAUCUGAGCACUCCAGCCAGGGAUCAACUUUCUAGAUUUCCAGGUUACGUCAUGGAGCUGAGAGGUCCAACAGAAUUGAAGGGUAAAGGAACAAUGGUAACGUACUGGUUGCUCAGAAAAGAUUCUGCAGAUGAUACCAAAGACGAAGAAGAUUAA